AUGUCAAAGAAGUGCAAAGACAAUUCAGAAGACACUUUGACAGGGAUCCAUCAAGCCAAAGGGACGCCGCUCAGUCUGCAGCCAGUGUGGCGGCGUAUCUUGUGUGGUGCGCGGCGUGUGUAUCACAUUGUGUUCCUCCUCAAAGACUUAGUGGUGGUCAAGAUAUUACAAUUGGCCAAGCCCUCCCCGAAGUGUGCUACCAUUAGUGUACCAGGACUCCAAUUUGUUGUGUCAGUCCGGGACGCCUCCUACCCCUCUUCUCCUUCCCCUACCACCCGCCAGCAGCAGCUUCUGGCCCCCCACCAGCCAGAAGCCCCUUCACGGCCACUACCUCCCGAAGCCCAAGUUUUGCCCAGAAAGCGACGCCCCCAGAGGCCUCCAGACCAGCGUUCCACAAGUCUCUCCCAAGACGCUGUCAGCCGCGCCGUCGGAAUAUACACAACGUGGCUAUGCGGUGGCACCAUGCCACAGGCCGGUGACUCCCGCGUACUGCUUGAUGCGGAACGGCGUGUCUGUUGGCAGCGUGUGGUGAGACAGGGAAGCGGCCAGAGUUGUGAAGCGAGUGUGGCGGCGAGCCCUGCGCCACUGGCGGUGACGCGCGGGGAGGCCACGGCGGAGUGUGCGUGGAAGAGGCCGGUGGAGGCGGCAGUCUGUGCGGCGGGGCCUUUGGGCGGGGGAAAGUUUUGACCUGGCCACCCUGCCUGUGACCUGUGGCCUCUUGUUGCUUCACCAUGUUAAGGUGGUGGUGGUGUUGUUGACUCAUCUCUGUACAAGCCCAUAAUUAUUAUUUGACAUCAGAUAAUGUUUGCAACAUUUAUUCAUUUAUUUUUAGCAGAGGGUGGUGCUGUGAAGCUGGCAGCACAUGAGCUGACCAGAGUGCUACAGGAAGACAGCACACAGUAGCAGCAACACUGUCAGUGUUUUUAAGCUUCAGCAUCUUUGACGAUAAUGUUUAAAUAUACUAUAUUUUUAAA